GGUAGCUUUACGUCUGUUAAUCAGGUCAGCUGGUUUAGUUUGGUGCUUCAGUUAGCUGAGUUGAAGAGCCUUGCUAGCGUAUUUGGGUAGAGUUUUUCUUCAAACUAUGGUUCAUACUGAUAUCCUUUUGACCUUUUAACAACGCCACAGCUCAUGUUAUCUCAGUGGCUAAGCUCUGCGUUCAUUCAGCUAGAGAUCCACAUGAGCUUGGAGCAUCCUGCUAGCCUAGAAAGAUUAGCAAUAUAUUUUGUGCAGAAGGAAGGUGAACACCAGGGUCAUCAACCAUGCCAGGUGGAAUUACAGAGAGUGGGGAACCCUACUCCCCAUUUGUGGGGCUGGUUUAUAUGUUCAAUCUGAUUGUAGGGACCGGAGCUCUGACGAUGCCCAAAGCCUUCGCCUCAGCCGGUUGGGUGGUUAGCAUAUCACUCAUCUCCUUUUUAGGAUUUAUGAGCUACAUGACCACCACCUUUGUGAUCGAGGCGAUGGCGUCAACUAACGCUCAGCUGCGCUGGAAGAGGAGAGAGCAGGAGGAGGUGCAUGACAGCGACUCCACCUCGGAGUAUUCGGAUGAUGAUGUCGUCGUCCGGGGCCGCUCGGAGCUGGAGACGAAGCCCAUCCUGUCUGUUCAGAGAUCGGGAGGUCACGUAGAUCAUUUCGACAUCGUGGAGCGGGUUGAGAUGGGUCAAAUGGCCUCCAUGUUCUUCAACAAAGUUGGCGUCAACAUGUUCUACAUCUGCAUCAUAGUCUAUCUGUACGGAGACAUGGCUAUCUACGCAGCAGCUGUGCCCAUAUCCCUGAUGGAGAUGGCUUGUGGGAAUCACUCCUGCAGCGCUGGGAGUGUGAAGUACAACGACACCGAUCCCUGCUGGGGUUCUGUGACGAGGAAAGAUGCAUACCGGGUGUUUCUGUCCGUCUUCAUUCUUUUUUUGGCGCCUUUCACCUUCUUCAAUGCCCAGAAGACCAAAUAUCUCCAGAUUCUCACCUCACUGAUGCGCUGGAUUGCGUUCACCAUGAUGAUCAUCUUGGCUCUAAUCCGCAUCGGGAAAGACUCAGGGAAGGGCCGCCCAGCGGUCGCCUCCUUCUCUGGGGUGCCCAACCUGUUCGGGGUGUGCGUCUACUCCUUCAUGUGUCAACACUCCCUGCCCUCCGUGGUGACGCCCAUCUCCGACAAGAAGCGUGUGGGCACCCUGGUGUUGGUGGACUACACCCUGAUCCUGGUCUUCUACGUCCUGCUCUCGUUCACAGCCAUCUUCUGCUUCGACAGCACGCUGCUGCACGACAUGUACACCCUGAACUUCACGGACAACUGCGACGUGUUGAAUAUUCCGAUCCUGCGCUACUUCCUGGGUCUGUUCCCAGUUUUCACCAUCAGCACCAACUUCCCCAUCAUUGCCGUGACUCUGCGCAACAACUGGAAAACCCUGUUCUUUCGGGACGGAGGCACCUACCCUUGGGUGGUAGACCGGAUCGUGUUUCCCCUCAUUACCCUGGUUCCCCCAAUCAUUGUGGCGUUUUUCACAAACAACUUGGAGUCUCUGGUGGGAAUUACAGGAGCCUACGCUGGCACAGGCAUCCAGUACAUAGUCCCAGCCUGCCUCGUGUAUUACUCUCGACGCCACCUGGAGCCCACGGUGGGCCGGGAUGCCAUCAACAAGCACCGCUCUCCCUUCCGCCACACCUUUUGGGUGGGGUUCGUUUUAGUGUGGGCUGUCUCCUGCCUCAUGUUUGUCACAGCCAACAUCAUCCUGACUGACACCAAGAAAUAAAAACUCACUGUUCCAAGAACUUUCUGAAGAAAGUAUGUUUGGCCAGUCUGUUUUUACACAAGGCCUUACUUGCUGCUGGUUGUACAGGAUGCCUUUUUGGUUGACUUUUGUUGAAUAUAUGAAAUAGUUCGUAAUAUAAUCAAGUUUGUGAAAAGGGACCAAGUGUUUCUGUUCCAUAAAAAAUGCUGGAACAGUGCUUCACAACAAGGAAAGGGAUCUUUAAAUGGUCAUUUAUUCAAAGGACUUUUUUGUCAACAAACACAUGAUAGUUGGAGAUUUCCACGAAGAUUUGCACAUUAAGAGAAAUAUAUCUUAAGAGUUUGAAAGAACUAGGUUAUAUAACUCAUUUUCGACGUUGGAAAAGUUCACGGUAAAAAAGUUAGGUUGUUAAGAUCCUGAGGGUUCCUCUGGACCUUUAGGUUACAUUGUUCCCAAGCAAUUGAAAUAGAAUAAUAAUACAAGAAAAAGCUAGUCUGAUCAGACUUGUGUUUUGUUGCUAAACUGUUUGGAUGACGUUUAUCCAUUCAUCAGCGGUGGCUGCCCCUCGAUCUCCUCGUCCCCUCGUGAACAAUGAAGCUGUCAGUGACAGAUCCACUGACUGAUAGGCCUCCAGGAAGAACUCCAUCUCUGUUUAUCAGCAGCCUCUCGUGUAUGAAGUUCACACACAGGGCAUGUCUCCCGUCUUUUACUGCUCAGCACCCAUUCACAACUCUGUCAGCAUCACAGUGGAUCUAUCACACCUGACAGGAUAAUAGUGAUGUACAGCGCUUAAGCUGUGGCUACAGGGAAGGCAUCGGUAGCCAACAAGUGAGGAGUGGUGAGCCAAAUGUGACGACAGAGAUUUACACACUACCCACUAUACUGUAGAUUAGAAAGGCUGAGUUCACUGACACCUGGCAGCUUCAUAUCCGAGUUGUGCCAUUGUUAAUGGACUUUAUCUUUGGCCUUCAUCUUCGACUUGAUCUCAUUUUCUCAAAUGUCCAUAAUUCUUUGUCACCGGUGUCAUACUUCUAAAAGGGUUUGUUUAGUCAUAUUUAAUUGAACGUCUAGCUACAUUUAGCAGUGCACAUUAUUUGAGAUGAACAAGAUUGAAAUGGGGGUAAAUGAACGCUUAUAGCAUUGAAAAUUCGUUUUUUUAUGAAUUAGCAAAAACAGCAUCCAGCAACAGCAAUAUUUUGGAUAUGUCUUGAAACCUGUCAGGCCUAUUGUUAUUUUAUUGGUACAUUUCUAUGGUAGAAGUGCAACACGGUCAGGUGUUGAAAAAUGUGACCACAACACAACUUAACCAAGUGUUUUAACUUUUCAAUAACAAUAACAUGUUAUACAACUGAAAAGAUGUUGUCUGAUGGCUCCACAUCUUUUCCUUAAAUUGCAAUGGCUACAUGAUUAAAUGGUGCCACCAUCUACACAGCGACACAUCCAGGGCACAAACAGCUUCUUCUUCUUCCUGUAGAUGUAUCCUCUUAAAGCAUCGAUAAUCAUAACAUAUUUCCCAUCAAUAUGCACCCAUACUUUUUCAUUCAGUGUACUCUAACUUCCCAAAACCAAGAAAAAUAGAUGACUACAUUGAUUAAGUGAACAUCUCAAAGGUUGGUGGACUCAUAUGGACACAUUUAAAAAAUGGUUGAAAUUGUAGCAGCUGAGACUGAGAUGUGACAUCCCUACUGUGGGUCAAUCUAUACAAAUAGAGAAUACUACAUAAUGCAGUACCCUUUUCCUGUAUAUGUAUCCUCUUAAAGCAUUGAUAAUCAUAACAAAAAACAUAUUUCCCGUCAAUAUGCAAGCGUAUUUUCUCAUUCAGAUUACUCUUACUUCCUUAAUCCAACAAUAAGACUCCAUAGAUUUAGUGAACAUUUCAAAAGUUAUAUGGACACAAUUGAACAAUAACGGUGACAAUUGUGGCAGCCGAAGCUCAAAUAUACAUAAUGUGUAAUCCCUAUUGUUGGUCUAUAAAAAAGUAUAAAUGUCCCAUAAUGCAGUCCUCUUUACCUUGUGUUAAAUAUGAUCACCACGCUCUGCUUGGAAAACAUUGUGCACAUUAUGUCCCGUAAAUGGCUUAACUGAUGCUGUUAGAUCUUAAGGCCAUAACUUCACACACAUUUGUUUUAAAUACUUAUACAAUUUUGCUCCACGUAAAUGCCAUCCAAGCAUUAGCGGUGAGUUGUGGAGCAUUUAGCGCGUCGGUUCUGCUUUUUCAUCAACUGCCGUAAUGCAGUGUAAAUUGAAAGGUAAUGUGCUGUGACCUGCGUGGCACCAAAGGUUUCUACUCAUGCAUUGUUGUAGUAAUGUUGCAGGUUUUAGAGGUGCUAUGGGUUUACUGUCACCUAAGUGUGUACCAAAUAUCACAGCUUUGAGAUCAUCAGUUAUCACAAAACGCAAAGCUUCUGUGUCCAUACACGUCUGCUUCCGUCUAAUCUGUGUGGAAUCUGUAUCAUCCGCUGCAUCCAGAACAAAACAUUUUUUAAUUCAUGUUUGUGUUUACUUCUUUUCUCUCUUCUUUUUGUACUCUUCAUUCAGUCUGGAGACAUGAUUGUGUAUGUGGCAUUUUGAGCAUUUGACCAAUGGAAGAUUAGAUAUUGAAGAUGAGAUUCUGAUGACUCUUGUUUGGAGUUGUGAAAUGUGCCUUUUUCACGGGGUUUACUUUCUUGCCCUCAAUUUAUCGACUCUGCUUUUUAUUCUCAGCUUGUCAGAAAAACAUCUGCAUGUAUGCCAUUUCAUCUUAUUGACAAUCAGUGGGCCCAAAACAUAUUCGUAAUCCUUUUUGUGUUUUAUCUCAGUUCGUUUAUCCUUGUUGUUGUAUUGAUGCCUUUAAUUUACUGACAUUUCUCAUUUUGUAUUCAUGUUUUUGGUAUUUGUUUACAAUAAUUUGGCCAGCCUGUGAUUCUAUCCUUUAUUUGAAUGUUUACUGGCUUAAUUGAUUGUUUGAUUAUUAUGAUUCACAAUAAACGCUUUAUGUGUAUCCGAUCUGAGCUCGGUUAAUUAAAGGGAGCUUGGGUUUUCUUACAACCAGUCUUGUUUUGCAGUUUUUGCCCACAUGUCAAUCAUAUAAUAAACUCAAAGGCUUUUUCUAGAGAAUUUG